CCAAUCAAAAGCUAUAUAUGGUCUCCUAGCAACAACAGUAAAUAAAGAAAAUGGCGGAAGACAAGGAAAGCGCAGAGGCCAUAGUAUCGGAGGUCCACAAGAAGAUCCGCGCUGCUUUUGAUGUGUUUGACCACGAGUUCAACAAGACAGUGGAUGUCAGGGAGAUAGGCACUAUCAUCCGCUCCUUAGGCUGCUUCCCUAACGAAGGGGAGCUACAUGACGUCAUAGCAGAGAUUGAGGAGGAGGAGCCGACGGGAUACAUCCGCUUUGAGAAGUUCCUCCCCACCAUGACCAAGGUUCUAAUGGAGCGCAAGUUCCGGCCCAUCCCAGAGGACCUGAUGCUCCAGGCCUUUGAGGUUCUAGAUAAGCAGAAAAAGGGACAUUUGGAACUGGAGGAGCUCACAAAGUACAUGACACAGGAAGGAGAGCCCUUCACCCAGGAAGAGAUGGAGGAGAUGUUGUCAGCUGCAAUGGACCCUGACAAGAACCUCAUCUUCUACAAAGACUUUGUUAGCAUGAUGUCCGUGGAUGACCCCAGAUAGACUCUCAAUCACACACACACACACACACACACACACACACACACACACACACACACACACACACACACACACACACACACACACACACACACACACACACACACACACACACACACACACACACACACACACACACACACACACACAUAGACAUUCCUGCUGGGAGUAAUGACAAAUGUAAUGUUGUCUUGCGUAAUUGUUAUAUUAUUAUAGUCUAAUACAGAAUAUAAUGUGGUAUUGUU